AUGGACCACGAAUAUACCUAUAGAGACCUGUUGAAGCUUCUUUCAAAACUCGGAUUGGACAAAUUUUAUCCCAACAAGCUCCGUCUACAGAGUCUCUUAGAGAUAAACAAAAGCAGCACGUCUGAUGAAACUGUCAAAUCAGUCGAGGAAAUACCAUGGUGCUUUCUCAGAAGACUGCUUAAAAUCAAUGCAGAAUGCAGAAAUGCUACACAAUUGCCAAAAAGCAAUGAUGACCUGGAAGAAGACGAUGAUAUAUUUGAAAUUGACCCAUAUACAGCAGAUAAUUCUGCAUACAAUGGAGUUCACCCUCUUGACCUCAUCAUGGCGCUCUUCCUUUGUGCUGACAGCUUCUUGAAACAGGAAAUGGCCCUCAAGAUGUCAAUGUGCCAGUUUUCUGUCCCACUGCUGUUGCCUCAUGGCAAUAAGAAUCAGUGCAGCCUGAUGCUUUGGGCUCUGAGAGACAUCGUGAAAGAGUGGCGUCCACAUGAUCUGUCCCAAUCAAGAGGUUUUGUUGAAGACAACAUUGUCCAAGCAAAAAUGCCAUUUUAUUCCUUUGUGAGGCUGAAAAAUUGCAGCUUAUCAAAGUCCCAGAUUUUGAAUCAGGUUCUCAGCCGUGGACAGCAGAAUCACAAUAUCUUCAUACACAGAGAGAUGAAAGGAGGAACACUUCACAGAGAAAUAGCCAAUGGAUUGGCAGAAGUUUGCUGGUACCUUCCCUGUGGAAGAGAAAAUCUGGACAUAUUUCCAGAGCCAGUCGCCUUCGCCAAUUUACGAGGAGACAUCUGUGAGUCACUCGCACAAUUCAACUUUCUUUAUCAAGUAUCAACUGCUACCUUUGUGUUUCUGGACAAAAUUGAAGAAAAUGAGCACAAGAUUUUGACUUCUCUUCAAGAUACAACAUCAAAACUCUUCUUGGUAGUUAAUCGCAGAGAUGAUGGUGCCAGAGAGGACAUGAUGUCUAUCAAGACAACAGUGGAAACAUUACAUUUGCCAAAAAGCAAUGUGACAGUAAAACACACAAGAGUGAAUACUGCAGAUUUUUCAGAGAAACUAUGUGAAGCCAUCAAGACCUCAUCAACAUCUGCAACAACCAUUGACAGUAUGCUUGAAAAAGCAACUGAAUUUGGACUUUCUGUAGAUGAAUGUAGCAGUGACGACCAAAAGAAGGCAGCUGAGAAGAUGGUAAAGGACAUUAAAGUGAACAGUCACUACAAGAAACAACAACUUCUUUUGCAGGAAGACAACUGGAAAAGGUUAUCACAAUUAGAAAAGGAGGAGUGUAGACUGAAGAAUUCUGGUGACUCAGGACUGGAAGAGUAUAAAGCUCAGCUGCAAGAGGAGCAAAAACAAAUCAAAGAGGAGCAAAAGAAAUACAAAUUGUCUGAAGGAAUGAAGACUUUUAUUGAUAACUUAUCUACAAGUGACAAAGAAAAAAGAGAUUUUUUCCUAAAGUGGAUGAAACUCAAGCUUGAUACACAAUCACGGAGCAGACUGCCUGCACUGCGUAACAAGUUCAAAGAGGCAAGCAAGGCAAAAGAUGCAAAAGUCAUGGCAGAGUUGGAUCAAACUUUUUUGAAUGCUUCUUUAGGAAUAGAGCAUUACAUGAGAGAGAUGGGACUGAUCUACGAGGUUUCCUUGCACUCACAAGAAAGUGCUGAUAAAAUGUCUCAUCUACCAGGUGUGGCUGCUGAAAUGCUGUUGGAUGGUUAUCCUUUAGAGCUCUUGGAUGGAGAUGCUUCUAAUAUCCCACAGAGAUGGGUGACAGAUGUGCUGAUGGAGCUCCACAAGAAGGUUGGAGAGAGCAGCAGAUUGUUGGUACUGACUGUGUUGGGUGUUCAAAGUUCAGGGAAGUCAACACUCCUCAACACCAUGUUUGGUGUGCAGUUUCCUGUCAGCAGUGGCAGAUGCACAAGAGGAGCCUACAUGGUCUUCCUUAGAGUUGGAGAAGAUUUGAAAAGGGAGCUGAAUUAUGACUUUGUGGUUCUCAUUGACACAGAGGGUCUAAAAUCUCCUGAUCUGGCACAACUAGAGGACAGUUAUGAACAUGACAACCAGCUGGCAACCUUUGUCAUCGGCUUGAGUGAUGUAACCAUCAUCAACAUCGCAAUGGAGAACGCAAAUGAAAUGAAAGAUGUCUUGCAAAUCACAGCUCAUGCAUUCUUGAGAAUAAGGCAAAUUGGGAAAAAGCCAGUUUGUCAUUUUGUUCACCAAAAUGUUGCAGGAGUCUCAGCUCAUUCCAAGUGCAUGACAGAAAGACAACAUCUCUUGGACCAACUCAAUGAAAUGACUCAAAUUGCAGCUGAAAUGGAAAGACAGCCUUCUUUCAAAGCAUUCACAGAUGUGCUGGACUAUGACAUAGAAAAAAACAACUGGAACAUCCCAGGACUCUGGCAUGGAAUCCCUCCAAUGGCACCGGUGAACACAGGUUACAGUGAAGCUGUGGCAGAUUUCAAGAAAAAUCUUUUGGAGACAAUGAAAAGUGACAGAAGCAAUGAAACCACACAGAUCCCAGAGUUUCUAGAGUGGAUGAAAAGUCUCUGGAAGGCAUUGAAGUACGAGAACUUCAUCUUUAGUUUCAGAAACACUCUUGUGGCUCAUGCCUACGACAACCUCUGCAAACAUUUCAGUCAAUGGGAAUGGGAGUUCAGAAAAGAUAUUCUGUCCUGGGAGACAGAAGCAGAGACAGAAAUCAAAAAUGCUGACAUCGAAUCUCAACUGGGAACUUGGUCUGAACUGGUGGAAUUCAAAAAAUCUGACGUGUCCAGAAAAAUUCAAAAUGGACAAAAAAUAAUGACAAAAAAACUGCGCGAGUACUACCAAAACAAAGACAGACACGUAAAUCUGAUAGAAAAGUACAAAACUGACUUCAUCAAAAGAAUCAAUAGUAUUGCGAAGGAAACUCAACAAUCUGUGGCAACAAACCUAGAUUGCAUCCUUGAGUUAAAAACAAGUGCAAAAAAAGCUCAGAACAUACAGAGACAAUACAGAGAUGUCAUUGAAGAGAAGGUCAUGAAGCUCCUGAGUGACUGCAAAGACACCACACCGUCUGAUGAACAACUGACAGAUGUGUUUGAAGACAUGUGGGCUAAAGCCACUGCAAAUAUCUCUGGCCUGAAAGAGCGAGAUAUCACAAGAUGUGUAGAGACCGAGUUGAGAAAAAGUUUCUCAAACCGGAAUGUCAAUGAUGAAUUACAGGGCAUUGACCUAAAGGAAGUUGGGACGGGUCCAUUUAAAACCCACAGAGGCCAUGUCAACAAAAUGCAUCUACACCAAAUGGUAAAACAGUGGUGGACAGGAGAUUUGCAGAACUUUACAGACAAUGUCAUUGAGUCCUGCACUCGGUUCAUACAUGAUAAAACAAAUACAGGUGGAGAUUACCAUGAGUCUUUCACAAGGGAUCUUCUGGAGAAAAUCAAUGAAUUCCUUCAGCAAAGUUACAAGCAAUACAAAACAAACACAAAGUAUGAGAUUGACUUGAAACUUCAUAUUUGUGGCAUUGCCACAAGGGAGUUCCUGAAAAUGCACAGAAAAUAUCUGUCAGAUAACGAUCCCAAAACUCAGCUGCAGAAAUACAAGACUCAGUACUUGUCAGACUUCCUUGAUUUGUACAAAGAGAGAGACGACUGUCAGCGCAAAGCAACAGAUUUUGCCAGACUUUGCAUCAAACCUGCUGUGGAAGACUACAUCAACAGAUCUCUGGGAAUAGANAACCAGCUGGCAACCUUUGUCAUUGGCUUGAGUGAUGUAACCAUCAUCAACAUCGCAAUGGAGAACGCAAAUGAAAUGAAAGAUGUCUUGCAAAUCACAGCUCAUGCAUUCUUGAGAAUGAAGCAAAUUGGGAAAAAGCCAGUUUGUCAUUUUGUUUACCAAAAUGUUGCAGGAGUCUCAGCUGAUUCCAAGUGCAUGACAGAAAGACAACAUCUCUUGGACCAACUCAAUGAAAUGACUCAAAUUGCAGCUGAAAUGGAAAGACAGCCUUCUUUCAAAGCAUUCACAGAUGUGCUGGACUAUGACAUAGAAAAAAACAACUGGAACAUCCCAGGACUCUGGCAUGGAACCCCUCCAAUGGCACCGGUGAACACAGAUUACAGUGAAGCUGUGGCAGAUUUCAAGAAAAAUCUUUUGGAGUCAAUGAAAAGUGACAGAAGCAAUGAAACCACACAGAUCCCAGAGUUUCUAGAGUGGAUGAAAAGUCUCUGGAAGGCAGUGAAGUACGAGAACUUCAUCUUUAGUUUCAGAAACACUCUUGUGGCUCAUGCCUACGACAACCUCUGCAAACAUUUCAGUCAAUGGGAAUGGGAGUUCAGAAAAGAGAUUCUGUCCUGGCAGGGAGAAGCAGAGACAGAAAUCAAAAAUGCUGACAAUGAAUCUCAACUGGGAACUUGGUCUGAACUGGUGGAAUCCAAAAAAUCUGAAGUGUCCAGCAAAAUUCAAAAUGGACAAAAAAUAAUGACAAAAAAACUGCACGAGUACUACCAAAACAAAGACAGACACGUAAAUCUGAUAGAAAAGUACAAAACUGACUUCAUCAAAAGUAUCGAUAGUCUUGCGAAGGAAACUCAACGAUCUGUGGCAACAAAACUAGAUUGCAUCCUUGAGCUAAAAAUAAGUUCAGAAAAAGCUCAGGACAUACAGAGACAAUACAGAGGUGUCAUUGAAGAGAAGGUCAUGAAGCUCCUGAGUGAAUGCAAAGAUGACAAACUGUCUGAUGAAAAGCUGACAGAUGAGUUCGAAGAUAUGUGGGCUAAAGCCACUGCAAAUAUCUCUGGCCUGAAAGAGCGAGAUAUCACAAGAUGUGUACUGAUGCAAUUGAGGAAAAGUUUCUCAAACCGAAAUGUCAAUGAGGAAUUACAGGGCAUUGACCUAAAGGAAGCUGGGAGGGAUCGAUUUGAAACCCACAGAGGCCAUGUCCAGAAAAUGUAUUUCAACCAAAUGGUAAAACACUGGCGGACAGGAGAUUUGCAGAGCUUUACAGACAAUGUCAUUGAGUCCUGCACACGGUUUAUACAUGAUAAAGCAAAUACAGAUGGAGAUUACCAUGACUCUUUCACAAUGGAUCUUCUGGAGAAAAUCAAUGAAUUCCUUCAGCAAAGUGACAAGCAACACAAAACAAACACAAAGUAUGAGAUUGAACUGAAACUUCAUAUUUGUGGCAUUGCCACAAGGGAGUUCCUGAAAAUGCACAGAAAAUAUCUGUCAGAUAACGAUCCCAACACUCAGCUGCAGAAGUACAAGACUCAGUACUUGUCAGACUUUCUUGACUUGUACAAAGCGAGAGACGACUGUCAGCUCAAAGCAACAGAUUUUGCCAGAUUUUGCAUCAAACCUGCUGUGGAAGACUACAUCAACAGAUCUCUGGGAAUAGACAUUGUGGAAGAAAUGUUGUCAAGCAGCCAUUCAGUACAGUACAGUUCCCGCUCCUUCUUCCAGUACAACAUUCAGAAAGAGUUACUGCAUAAAGAAGACUUCAAGAGUUUUGUCAAGUACAUCUGUAACUAUGAAAAUUAUGUGAAGGACUGGAUAUAUCAGCACAUUCAGCAGAAAAUGUCUGAAGACAAGAGUUUGUACAAACUGAAGAACAAGAAUCUACAGAUCAUUGUUAAAAAAGUAACAGAAGCCCUUGAACAAGCCUCAAAAGGAGAGAAUGGUGUUCUGCUGCCAGAUAACACAGAAAGCAUCAAAGAGCUCAUCAGCAACAUGCGCAAAUAUCUGAUUAAAGACAUCUCACUUUCAGUGGAGGCAGAACAAACCAUCCUGUUUCAAAUCAAAAGCACAUGUCAUCCAUUCAUCAAAAGUCUCAAGAAUUCAAUACAAGACUUGAGAGAACAGCUUCAGGAGGAAUUCUCAAACCCUGAUGAUAUCAUCGAGACCCUUGCCAAACUUCCAAUCAAACCACAAGAUGAGCUUUUUAAACGAGUGUUUGGUUGUGGACAACGAUGUCCAUUUUGUAAAGUUCCCUGUGAGGCUGGAGGCAAAGAACACAAGCAGCAUCAUGCAGCUUUGCAUUGGCCACAAGGUCUGGGUGGAUACUGCUAUGAAGACAGUGGUAAACUGAUGGAAACACUGUGUACAACUGAUGUGCACAGUGAACGAAAUUUUCAAAACGCAGAUACUAAAUGGGAGUCCAAACCUUUCAAACAGUACACUAAAUACUAUCCAGACUGGCACAUUCCUCCAGAUCCCACCAUAGAAGCAUCUGACUACUGGAAGUAUGUCCUGGUACAGUACAAUGACAAAUUUGCUGAAGAAUAUAAAGCAAAGCCAGCUGAUGUUCCAAAGGCCUGGAGGAGCAUCACAAAGGAACAAGCUCUGAAAGGCUUAAAAGAAGCAUUCAACAUGGUGUGAAUGAACCAGAACAAACAUCUUCAGACAAAACAGCGUUUAAACUUACAAGACUUUUACUGUACAGCUGGACAGUUGAUAAAAAUCUGAGAAUAUGUUUUGUAUCUCAAACUUUAUUAUUUUCUUCAUAUUGUUCUAUUUUCUGUUUUGAUGAUUGUUGUUUUUGAAAGUUUCUUUUUUGUUUAUUGUACAUAACAACAAGUGGUGAAGACAAUGAUGCUGAUGAUGUUGAUGGUCAUGUUUACUUAUUGGCCAUGUGAGACAGAGACUGUCCUUUAUGCCACUAUUUUAGGAUAUCACUUUUUUCAUUUUAUUAUUAAUAUUUACAUGUAAAACAUGUUUAUAUUGUAUUUUUUUGACAAAUCAC